AUGGAGGAGUUGAAAAAUAGAUUAAUGCAGUUUCGGCUGACAAGUGUUUCGGAUAAAUGGGUUUGGAAGAAUGAUGAUAAACAUGAGUUCACGGUGAAGAGUGUAAGAUGCACACUCGCAAGUCAAUUAAAUCUUAAUGAAGAUGCAGAUAGUUUUAUGUGGAACAACUGGACAACAAAUAAGUGUAGUAUGUUCGUAUGGCGGGCGGUGCAAGGAAGAAUUCCAACUACAACACAGUUAAGACAAAGAGGUAUGCAGAUUUCAUCAAUCAUAUGCAAGGUGUGCGGCCGAGAAGACGAAACUCCGGAUCAUGUGCUGGUGAAAUGCGAUUAUGCAAAAGAGGUCUGGGAGCAAAUCUGGAAUUGGGUGAAGAUUUCUGGUGCACAAAAACCAGAUACAAUAAAAGAAAUGAUUGAAGCUGUAAACGACUUUCAAUGGCCGAAAGUGAAAAAGAAAGCCGUACACGCAGUCUUUAUACUUACGGCAUGGCGUAUAUGGAAGAAUCGGAACACAAAGGUCUUCAAAGAUAGAGGUGAGGCUGCCUUUAAAAUAAUUGAGGACAUAAAAGAGGAGUCGUACCAGUGGAUGAAGCAAAGAACGAAGAUACAAAUAGCGUCAUGGGAGGAGUGGAAAUACUUUUCAUGGAAUAAAUAA